GGAGGCGGGGCCGCCUCAGUCCCGGGCAGGGGCGGGCCUGUGCGGGGUAUAAAAGCUGCCCGCGCGGGAGCACAGGCCAGUUUUGGGGUUGUCCCCGGACGUGUCUAGGCUCCCGAUUCUCACGACCCGGCGAAGGCGGCGGCGACGUGUCUUUCGACCGAAGGGCUUCGUGUCCAGUGUUCCAGCUGAGGGAUCUGAGGGGACCGCCCCCCGCGCUGCCAACCAUGCCCAACUUCUCUGGCAACUGGAAGAUCAUCCGAUCGGAAAACUUCGAGGAUUUGCUCAAAGUUCUGGGGGUGAACGUGAUGCUGAGGAAGAUCGCGGUGGCCGCUGCAUCCAAGCCAGCAGUGGAAAUCAAACAGGAGGGAGAUACUUUCUACAUCAAAACCUCCACCACCGUGCGCACCACGGAGAUCAACUUCAAGGUUGGGGAGGAGUUUGAGGAGCAGACGGUGGACGGGAGGCCCUGUAAGAGUCUGGUGAAAUGGGAGAGUGAGAACAAGAUGGUCUGCGAGCAGAGGCUCCUGAAGGGUGAGGGCCCCAAGACCUCCUGGACCAGAGAACUGACCAAUGACGGAGAGCUCAUCCUCACCAUGACAGCGGAUGACGUGGUGUGCACCAGGGUCUACGUCCGAGAGUGAGUGGCCGUGGGUGCAAGAGCCACCCAAGCCCACUGAGGCCACGCUCACUGCCCUGCUUCACUGCCACCACAAUGCCCCCACCCCCCACCAUCCUUCUAGGCUAGCCCUUCCCCUACCCGGGCACUCCUGGGGGUUACUGGAGGCCUCUUGCAGGAUCUUGCUUUCUCUGACCCCUUCUCCCCUCCCCUGCACCAAGAGGGACAGCCUGCAAGAGCCCAGAUCACCCAUUCAGAUUCACUCCCCCCGCCCGGAGUCAGCGGUUCCAGCCUCACACCUGCCCAGAGCGGGGUCUCCCUGUGAGGGGACCUGAGGGCCUGGGCAGGAGAGACUGGUCCUCUGGCUUCCACUCUUUAUCCCUGUAGCCCAUUGAGUUUAGGGUAUUUAUUUUGUUAAUUUUAUUAAAAUGCUUUAAAAAA